CUAUUUUGACCAGCCUCGUUAACGCGUGAGGAAAUUACGUCAUGGCUCUUGAACGCUGCAACUGGCAGCCCUAACCAUGUGGAAAAGUAAAGCAAGGAGAAAAGUUUCCAAAUAUUAGGUUCAGGUCAGAGACAGUAACAAACGUGACCGGUUGGUGGGGUGGGGGAAAUAUCAAUUGUGGUCAGUAAUGUCGGUACAAUAGGAGAAAAUACCCCUAAUGUUAUUACCGUAUGUAUGGAAUUGUAUCGGCUCGUGUGUCACCCCUAUGGAAGCAGAGAUGGUACGUUCCAACGUCAUCGCCCGGUAAUCAACACAACAGCGCGCGCGCGCGCGUACUCGACACAGCACAACACAACACAAAAGCUGCGUGUGAGGGCGUGGGACAGGGAUGGUGUGAACUGUGUGAGGAACACAGAAAUAAGUUUUUCUUUUUAAAACAAUAAAAUAAAUAAUAACAGAAAAGUUACUAGCUCGACUUACUGACAGGACCAAGCUGUGAUGGAGCACGUCUCGGUCCAAAUGAGAAAAGUUCGCUGUACCAACUUAGCUGGCAAAGCUAAGAUAGCUAGCUAACUAACUUUACUACGUAGCUCGUUAGCGAACUAAAACAAAAGCGCAGGAAUGAAUUCCAUUUUCUUCUCUUGACUGUUGUAUGCCUCACAAAGUUAUGCUAUCUGAGAGCCGAAAAGCACGAGGAGGAGGAGGAGGACUUCUGGGCGAGACUUGGCGAGCGAGUUUAGCGUCGUAACUGCACAAAACGCGACGGUAAACCUCACGCGCAAGCUAGCUAAACAAACAAACAAACAAACAAAUGCCAUGUCUGACCCAAGUUGCUGGCGUGCAGCCACGAGCAGUAAAGCUCAUUUCGUCAGCAGGGGAAUGCUUAAGCGAUCCAAAAGUUGCCGUAGCAGUAGGAAGAACCUUGGAGUUGGGACGCCUUCACCGACACGCCCACUCUCACCCCUGUCAGUGCACACAGCUGCCAGCAGUCCUUUAGAUAGCCCGAGAAAUGUGUCGGCCAUCGCCUCCCUCAACUUCCCUUUUGCCCGCAGCCACCUGGCUCGAACCGACAGGGCGGAAGGUAGGAGGUGGUCACUGGCCUCACUUCCAUCAUCUGGCUAUGGCACCAAUCCACCCAGCUCCACUGUCUCUUCCUCAUCCUCUUCCCAAGAGCGCUUGCACCAGCUUCCAUACCAGCCCACACAAGACGAGCUCCACUUCCUGUUCAGACACUUCCGUAGCUCAGAGAGCAUGACCGACGAGGAUGGCCGAGGCUCAUCUUUCAUACGCCCGCGCUCACGUAGUCUUAGUCCUGGACGAACGAGCGGCUCCUUUGACAGCGAGACUGUGAUGAUGAACCAUGUUUACAAGGAGAGGUUUCCGAAGGCGACGGCGCAGAUGGAGGAGCGCUUGCUGGACAUCGUCACGCACUGUUCCGCCGACAGCACUUUACCUCUGGGAGACGGAGUGCUGGGUUUCAUCCAGCACCAGCUGGUGGAGCUCGCCAGGGACUGUCUGGACAAGUCACAGAAAGGCCUGAUCACCUCCCUCUACUUUCUAGAGCUGCAGGAGAAUCUUGACAAGCUGCUACACGAGGCGCUGGAGCGUUCUGAGAGUGAGGAGGUGACGGUCAUCACCCAGUUGGUGAAGAAGAUUCUCAUCAUCAUAUCGCGUCCUGCAAGGCUGCUGGAAUGUCUGGAGUUUGACCCUGAAGGGUUCUAUCACUUGUUGGAGGCAGCGGAGGGUCACGCUAAAGUUGGCCAAGGCAUCAAAACGGACAUUCCUCGUUACAUCAUCAGUCAGCUAGGCCUAACUCGAGAUCCCUUAGAUGAAGUGAGUCAGCUAGAGGAAAACUACGAUUCUGGGCCCUCCACAGAGGAGUCUGAUCUGAAUAAAACCGUGCUCACCCCACCCCGAAGGAAACCACUGGAGAGUGACUUUGAAACCAUAAAGCUGAUCAGUAACGGAGCGUAUGGAGCUGUGUACCUGGUGAGACACAUUGAAACUCGCCAACGGUUUGCAAUGAAAAAGAUUAACCGGCAGAACCUGAUCCUGAGGAACCAGAUCCAGCAGGUGUUUGUAGAGCGGGACAUCCUGACGUUUGCAGAGAACCCUUUUGUCGUCAGUAUGUUCUGCUCUUUUGAAACCCGUAGGCACCUCUGCAUGGUCAUGGAGUAUGUGGAAGGUGGUGACUGCGCACAUCUGCUCAAAAACAUGGGACCGCUGCCGGUUGAUAUGACCCGAUUGUACUUUGCGGAGACCGUUCUAGCUUUGGAAUACCUUCACAGCUACGGCAUCGUCCACCGAGAUCUCAAACCUGACAACCUGUUGAUAACCUCAAUGGGGCACAUUAAGCUGACGGAUUUUGGCCUCUCCAAGAUUGGUCUGAUGAACAUGACGACAAAUCUCUACGAAGGCCAUGUUGAGAAAGACACCAGAGAGUUCAUCGACAAGCAGGUUUGUGGCACACCUGAGUACAUCGCGCCGGAGGUUAUUCUGCGGCAGGGCUACGGCAAGCCUGUAGACUGGUGGGCUAUGGGAAUCAUACUUUAUGAAUUUCUGGUGGGCUGUGUGCCCUUUUUUGGAGACACACCAGAAGAGCUUUUUGGUCAGGUUGUCAGUGAUGAUAUCAUCUGGCCAGAUGGGGACGAUGCUUUGCCGGUGGAUGCCCAGGACUUGAUAACGCGUUUACUGAGACAAAGUCCAAUUGAACGACUUGGGACAGGAGGAGCAGCAGAGGUCAAACAGCACACAUUCUUUACCAGCCUGGAUUGGAAUGGGCUGCUUCGCCAAAAAGCUGAAUUUAUCCCUCAGUUAGAAGGAGAUGAUGACACUAGUUAUUUUGACACUCGAUCCGAUCGCUAUCAUCAUUUGGUUUCCGACGAAGACGACGAAACGAACGAUGACGAGUCUUCCCUUGAAAUUCGACGGUUUUCCUCGUGGUCGAAUCGUUUCAGCAAGGUAUACAGCAGCACAGAAUAUCUGGCCACGCCGUCCAAUCUGAGUUUCUCCUCUGACCGAAGUCACAGUGAAGAGCACGAGGACCGUUCAGACGGCCGAGAAAGCCACUCACCUGGAGAGAUGCACAGACAGAGCAGCACAGGAGCCCCGGAUAACAGGAGACUCUCGGGACAGCGACCGUGCCUGCGACCAAGAGCCUCAUCCAGCUCCUCCCAGCCAGACAGGUGUGUAAGCCCUCUGGUGGCGAGCAGUACACACAGCCUGGAAGCCAUGCCACGCGUUGCACUCUCCACCGAUGAUGAAGCUGAGGUGGUUGUAUCCAACCUGAGACGAAUCAGGCUGCGUAGCAACAGUACAGGAACAAAGCACUCGUCUCCAAGGGAACACAGCAGUCCACGAUGUUUUGGCAACCAGCUUGAAACGCCAGACAGACAGCAUCUCUCUCCAGGGGGCAAAGUGCCAAAAUCUGCCUCUGUGUCAACACUGUCCCUCAUCAUUACUCCAGAUGAUAUGAGUGGAGGUCUUCAAGCCAGCCCCAUUUCCCCACACUCCAUUUCUUCCAAUCCCUCAUCCCGAGAUUCCUCCCCAAAUCGAGACUUGUCCCUCAGCUUCAGCUGUCUGCGGCCUCCCAUCUUUAUCCAUAGCUCGGGCAAGAAGUACGGCUUCACCCUGCAGACUAUCCGCGUCUACAUCGGAAAUAGCGACGUGUACACCAUCCAUCACAUGGUCUCGAGUGUGGAGGAAGGCAGUCCUGCUCAUGAGGCUGGUCUGAGAGCAGGAGAUCUGAUCACUCAUGUGAAUGGAGAGUCAGUGCAGGGACUGGUGCACACAGAGAUGAUGGAGCUGCUUCUUAAGAGCGGUAACAAGGUGGCCUUGCAGACCGUUGCCCUAGAGGACACCACAAUCAAAAUCGGACCAGCACGGAAAACUAGCUACAAGGGCAAGAUGGCCCGUUGCAGCAAGAGGAGCAGGAGAAAGGACAACCAGGACCGACGUCGAACAGUCCUGAAGAGGCUGUCUAAGCAGAGCACGGUGAUGCACAGCAGUCGCAGCUUCUCCUCUGGCCUCCAUCACUCUGUUUCCUCCAGUGAGAGUUUGCCUGGCUCCCCGACACACAGCCUGUCCCCUGGACCUUCCACACCAUGCCGCAGCCCAGUUCCAGACCACACUGCUGAUGCAAACUUUCCCCAAAGUGGCUCUCCGUGCUCCAGCUCACCAAGUUCUCCAGCUGUCCAAAUGCGGCCCAGCUCGCUACAUGGCCUGGGAUCCAAACUGGGCGCUCAACGUUACGCUAAAGUCGGCCGGCGCAAGUCAACUAGCAGUAUCCCCCCAUCACCGUUGGCGUGCACCUCCUCCCCCCAGGCCCUGUCUCCUCAGCACUCCUCUUCUCCUUUACCCAGCAUCACCAAGACCCUUCAUUCGUACCAUGGGAAAACACUCUCCCCUCCUACUAUUGUCCGUCAUGGGGUUCGACCCCGAAGCACCGAGAUUCCUGUCUCCCCGCUGCUGAAGAGAGUCCAGUCUGCUGAAAAGCUCUCUGGUGUCUUCCACGGAGACAAAAAGGCCCACGGUCCACGACGGCACACUUUAGAGGUUCCUCACUGUGAGUUGGACGUGGCUGGGGAUGCAGACGUGGAGUCUCAAUAUGGCUCGGACCACGGCAGACUCGGGGCGUUUGCCGCUGGCCAGAUUGUGGUCAUGCGAAAGCUCAAUCUGUCCGAACGCCGCGACUCCUUCAAGAAGCAAGAAGCCGUACAGGAAGUAAGUUUCGAUGAGCCGGACGAAAGAGCUGGACAGACUCCAGCCACGCCGAGCUUUCUGGCCGACACUCGGCCCAAGCACAGGGCUGAGUGGAUGGUGUCAAACUCUCAGUCCAGGGAGGAGUGUGUGGUCAGGAGGGUACCUCUGGUCCCCCAGAUCGCUGUUCAGGGCUCCGAGAGUGAGGAGCUGGAGGACUGGCAGCCAUGUUCUGAUGAGGAAGACGAGGGGAAAAGCACAAGUGGGAGUUUGGACUCGCAUCCAGAAGACAAGGGAAGACCAGAGAGUGCAUGUUCUUCCAGCGUUUCAUCAGAUGGCUCGUCAGUGGCGUCUAAGAGCAAAGGUCACGUUACUGACACGGAAGAAACCUCGAGCAUGAGUCCAAGGAAGGGGAAACUCCGAGGAAAAUGACUUGGCCAAUGUUGAUGUCACUUUAAUAUUCCACACUUGAGUUGACAAGGACGGCGUCUGUACUCCUCUCACAGCGCUCCUGCUGAACGAGUAGAAGUGAGAGCGAUUGGGUUGGAAUGCCACUUAGUGUCUUGUAAAUUCAAUUUAAAAAAUGAAGUAAGCUAGAUUUUUACAGGGGAAUAUUUAUAGUUUUUUAACGCGUGUUGGAAUAUUCUAACGAUGGCGAAACCUGAUGGUAACCAGCUGGGAUUUUGAACCAUCAAACGGGGAAUGACGACAUUUUUAUGAAAAUGUAUUUUCAGGAAGAAUGUUUGUAUAUCAAGUGUAGCUAACAUUGGUGAAUUAUCACAGAAGACUAGGUGUGAGAAGAAGAAUCAGGUAGUGUUUUUAGCGAGAGCUAAACAUAGGAGCAUUUGGUUGGUCUGGGUUUUCAACUUGUCAGUAUUUUUGGCUUAUUGAACUCUGUCUAGUUCAGUUCUCACAGUUGUACACAAAUUUUACUGUAUUAAAUUCAGUGUAGGUUUUUUUGUGUGUGAGAUCCACUGCAUUUGGCACCAUCUAACCCCACUUUUACGUAGGCUAAAGGUAUUUCGGCUCAGGGCUUUUGGCUGUAGAAACUUCACAGUUCACUCGGUGUUUGCAAGGUGUUCAAUUUAUUAGCGUUUUUUUUAUUAUUAUUAUUUUAAUGUUUGUACAGAUUUGAUUGCUAGAUAUUGUGGUGCCUCGAAGUUAACCUAUAGAUGGUAGUGACUCUUUUUAACCGUGUGACCUAGUUUUAUGUUGAUUUUAGUCUGAUUUCUACUGUGUAUAUUACUCGUUCUGGAAACUAUGCUAACUGGAAAACUGCGGAGAAUUUCCACAGGCAAACUUGAAUGGGUCCCCUGCUUCAACUGCACUUCCUGUAGGGCUCUCGAAGCUUUUCUCAGUUUCCUAAAGCAAUGAUUUAUUCCUGCAGACAUCUCGUUUCUUAAAAGUUUUUUUUUUUUUUUUUAGUAAAAAAAAAAAACAGCUUUCAGUGAGUAUAAAACAUUCAGAUGUACUUGCAAUGCAUAUUUAUUCAAUCUUAUUUAAGUCGUCCUGUCAAAUUUACUUAAAAAAAAAAAAUCACAAUUUUACAGGACUUCACUUUUUUUUAAUUUUCCCCUACAUGAACUGGGUGUGCUUGUUAUGCAUGUGAUUAUAAUGUGGUUUCUAAACCAUGUUGUUUUCCAUAUGUAUUCCGUAGCUUGUUUAUCUAACUACCUAUUGUAUAGGGCGAAUGUUUACAUUGUUUAUAUUGACUUGAGGAUUUGGUGGUUUGUUUGGGGGGUUUUUGUGCAAAUCAGUGUAUCUUAGCUUGCCCUUAGCAACUGAAUUUUCUAAAUAUGUGAAAAUGCAAAUAAUAGAAGUGCAGCUUCCUCUUAACACUGAUCUGUUAAACCAUGUCCUCUCCACAAAAUCUCCUUACAAUGUAAGGAUUUUCUCCCCAAAAAAUACAAAAAGCCCCAAAUGAUGGUGUUUUUCUGUAUAGUACUACAGUUUGAUGAAUGUUAAUGAUUUCAACUGCUUAUGGGGAAGAAGGUCAUGAAUUUUCAACAUAAUUAUCAGAAAGCUUUUUUUGGAGGUGGGAGAUGAACAAAUCUUUUUUUUUUUUUUUUUUUUUUUUUUAGUUGGUUUUUUUUUUUUUUGUUUAAAAGAGAAACUCUCCUGGUACUUUGGAGUCUCCUAUCGUGCACAAUUGCAUCCUGCUACUAUCUUUUGGUGCUACAUGAAUCUGUAAUGCAUUCCAUGUUUGAUGGUAGUUAAUGUCUCAUACAGGCUACUUUUGAGACCGUUAAAUAAUUGCAUGCUGCAUGUAGUUUAUAGUGAGCACACAGCAAAUGCUCGCAUGGCAUUCAGUGCAACGUGUCUCCUGGUUCAGUACGACCAACCCUAUGACUUUCUGUCAAGUUCACGGUGGUUCUAUUUGGUUCGAAAGUCCUAUUAUUAAUUUUUUGAAUAUUUCUGCUCACUAUAUAUCGUGGCUAUAAGUUAUUUGUUCUUUCCUAAGUAGUUGUGUAGCACCUGAACCUCCUUAAUUAACCAGUGGUAAUAUCGGUUGUUUCUGCUUUAUUUUAUCUUGUCCAGGUUUGGUCAAAAAGAACUAGAAGUUAUGCCGAUGAUCAGCACAAAAAAAAUCUAUAUAUCCAGUUUUGUAUAUUUAUAUGCAAUAGUGAUGUUCUUCCUCCUCCAUUUCUUCACAUCUGUGAAGAUCAUUGGGUUUGUUUUUUUGUUUUGUUUUUUGGGAUCAUUGGUCUGUGCUGGUUUGUAAAAAUGCUUUUAUAUCAUAUUUUUUGUAAUGUUGUUAUACUUGUUGGCCAGCCCAGUCAAUGCUUUGUAAUAAAUCAUCCUGUGUUGGCUCUA